UCUGUUAGCCUAUCGCAGUUUGAGACACUUACUUAACAGUCACACACUCCUCAACUCCGCCGGUGGGGGGGCGGGGGACACAGACACCAGAUGAGAUUUGUUCCCAAACGCGCACCGAUGGCGGUGUGAGCCGUUUUGGCUGAGAAGUACGCACGGCGCAGUGGAUUUGUAGACAUUUUUUUCUUGCAUCUCCUCCCCGUCCGGAUCAUUUUGUUUUUUCAUGGGGAGGGAAAUAAACAAAGCUAUGGAUUACUCCAUCUGUCUAUUCCUACUCCUGACAACCAUCUCGUCUGUGUCGACCGGACAAUUCCCAACAGCGCAGAUGAUAAAGGAAUGGGUGGACCAGAUGCAAAAAGAUUUAAUCACAUUAACAGACACGUCCAGCGGCUUGCACAGACUAAUAGAGAUAUACCAUAAACACAAAACUCACUUCAGUGUGGAGUCCAACGAUGCGACUGCCCUGGUUGCAACGGCCUCUGGGAACAUCGAGAAACUCCUGGCGAACCGCUCCCAAGCUCUAAAGAGACUAGCGUCAGAAGCAGAGAAGUUCCAAAAGGAGCAUGAAUGGCAGAACCACAGUGAGGAAGACAAAAUUCUUUACUACAAUGCCAAAGAUGACCUUAAUCAGACGAAUGAGAACCGGUACAUUCCAGAUGAUUUUCACAUUGACCCCGACUUCAAGCGUCCUGUGUCCUACAACACCACCGGUGUCCACAUCCCGACAGAUAUAUAUGAAGGCUCCACCAUCAUACUGAACGAGCUGAACUGGACUAAAUCGUUGGAGGACAUGUUCCGGAAAAACAAAGAGGACGACCCCUCGCUCCUCUGGCAGGUGUUCGGCUCCGCCACCGGAUUGGCUCGCUACUAUCCAGCAUCCCCGUGGAAUGACUUGAGCAAUUCGGCGAACAAGAUCGACCUCUACGACGUGCGCCGGCGACCGUGGUACAUCCAGGGGGCGGCCUCACCCAAGGACAUGCUCAUCCUGGUGGAUGCGAGUGGAAGCGUCUCCGGUCUCACUCUCAAACUCAUCCGAAUGUCCGUCAGCAAGAUGCUGGAGACCCUGUCGGACGACGACUACGUGAACGUGGUCUAUUUCAAGGAACAGGCCUCGUACGCCUCGUGCUUCCGGAACCUGGUGCAGGCCAACGUGAGGAACAAGCGGAUCCUGAAGGAGGCCGUGCAGAACAUCACCGCCAAGGGCAUCACCAACUACAAAGGUGGCUUCGAGCUGGCCUUCAGCCAGCUCUCUCAGGUGAACGUGUCCAGGGCCAACUGUAACAAGAUUAUAAUGCUCUUCACUGAUGGAGGAGAAGAGAGAGCAGAAGAGAUCUUUGAAAAGUAUAACCCAAAGCAAGAGGUACGCAUAUUCACAUUUUCAGUAGGUAAACACAACUAUGACAGAGGACCAAUAAAGUGGAUGGCCUGUGCUAAUAAAGGUUAUUACUAUGAGAUCCCGUCUAUUGGCGCCAUCUGGUUAAACACUCAGGAGUACCUGGAUGUUUUGGGAAGACCGAUGGUUAAAGCCGACAAAAAGGCCAAGCAGGUUCAGUGGACCAACGUCUACCUCGAUGCGCUGGAUCUCGGCUUGGUGAUCACUGGAACUCUGCCUGUCUUCAACAAGACGAGCACAGGCUCGAAGAAGUCUCAGAACCAGCUCAUUUUGGGGGUUAUGGCCAUUGAUGUCUCGCUGGAAGAUAUCAAGAGACUGACGCCUCGGUUUACUUUCGGACCGAAUGGCUACUACUUUGCCAUUGAUCCCAAUGGAUAUGUGUUGCUCCACCCUAAUCUUCAACCACAGACCGCCAGGUUUGAUAACCCUGUAACUCUGGACUUUCUGGACGCCGAGCUGGAGAACGACAUCAAAGUGGAGAUCAGAAAACAAAUGAUUGACGCACAAACAGGAAAUUACACUAUAUCCACACUGGUGAAGUCUCAGGAUGAGCGUUACAUCGACCAAGGUAUGAGGACGUACACAUUCGCACCGGUGAAGGGGACCGACUACAGCCUGGCCCUGGUCCUCCCCGAGUACAGUAUGCAUUACAUCCGUGCCACAAUUGGCGACACGAUAACCCAGGCAAUAUCGCUUUUGGGGAAAGAUGUUUCCGAAAGCUUGAUGGCAGACAAGUUUGACGAAUACGGCUACACCUUUAUUGCACCCAGAGUUUACUGCAAGGACCUGAAGCCAACAGCACAAGAAGACAAGAAAGACAAGAAAGCCAACAACACUGAGUUCCUCAUGGAAUUUAACAUGUACAUCGACACCAAGACUCCAAACCAUCCUAACUGCAAUGUGGAGCUGGUGAACAGAUUACUCCUGGACGCCGGCAUCACCUCAGACCUGAUCAAGAUUUGGAAAGAAAACGAGUUGCAGCAUGGUGUCUCGGCCAGAUUUGUUGCCACUGAUGGAGGGAUCACACGAGUCUACCCCAAAAGUGCCGGGCUGUACUGGAAAGAAGAGGCAGAGACGUACGAGUCCAGCUUCUAUAAGCGCAGUUUGGACAACGACCUGUACAUCUUCACUCCAACGCCCUACCAAGCCAGUGAGAACAACACAAGUGACGACUCUGUGCUCGUGAGCAGAGCCGUAAACCUGAAGAUUGACAACAUCACGCUCAAGCCAGCUGUGGUGGGUGUAAAGCUGGACAUCGGGUCGUGGAUGGCGAGCUUCAUCAACACCACGUACAAGAUUAAUUGCAACGAUGAGAUCUGCGGCUGUCAGAGAAACGACGAGUAUGUCGAUUGUGUGAUUCUGGAUGAUGGCGGCUUCCUGGUGAUGUCCAAUCAAGAUGAAUACAUCAGUCAGAUCGGGCGUUUCUUUGGCGUAAUCGACCCUAUCCUCAUGAAAAACCUGGUCAACUCGUCCCUGUACACCUCUAAGAGCACCUACGACUACCAGUCGCUCUGCGACCGCGAGAAAGAGAGCAAGGCGGCCGCAGGCCUGCGAUCCGUCUACGUGCCUACCAUAGCAGAUAUUUUGAAUUUAGGAUGGUGGGCGACGGCCGCAGCUUGGUCAAUACUGCAGCAGUUGCUGGUCAGCGUCACAUUCCCGAAUUUCCUGGACGCAGCUGAAGUGGACGAUGAGGUGUCGGACGCCAUGCUGAAGGACGUGUGCAUCACGGAGCAGACUCAGUACUUCUUCGAGACGGACGGCUUGUCUUUCAGGGGCUCCGUCGACUGUGAAAACUGCUCCAGGCUCUACCAUGCUGAAAAGCUGCCCAAGACAAACCUGGUCUUUAUCAUCGCCGAUGCAAAAGGCACCUGCAUGUCCUGCGACACGAAGGAGUUAAUACAGGACGAGCAGCAGUCUGAUGGUCCAAAUCCCUGCGAAUUGGCCCUCAAUCCUCGGUACAGGAAAGGGCCUACAGUUUGUUUUGACAACACCGAACACGAGGAGGAUCCUGACUGCGGCGGGGUGUCCGGCCUGACCCCCUCGCUAUGCCUCAUGGUGGCCCUCCAGCUGCUCCUGCUCUGGAUCGCCACCGACUCCAGACCCCACGCCGUCCCGUCAUGACCCUCCGAGCGACGCACCGUAUCUCACACGUCCCUCCCGCCCUGUCUCCAACCUGGCAACCAGCAUGCAGCGCUGCCGCCGAAAUGAGGAACGCUCCACGAGAGGCGCUCGUAACAAACAAUCCAAAAAAAAAAACCAGAAAAAAACAAACUGUCAGCCCCACGUUCUGUCAGUUUCUUCUUUUGAUACCUUAAUUUUCAGGGUUUUCUCAAAGUGAUUCCACCGGGGUGCAAGUGACGUGAGAAAUGUAUGUCAGAAGAGAAUAAUUUGAAUGAUACGAAAGGCCUGGACCUCCAGCUAGUCCUCGUCCCUUUAAAAGGUCCCUGCCAGCGGAGAUUAGAGGAGCAUUCGCUUUGAUUGGCAAAAAUCACGAACCUCAUCCAGCUUUGAUGUCACUGAAGAAAGACACUGGACCGCCUUACAGUAUCCGGACUGAAACCACGACUCGCUGGUAAAAUGAUCGGUUUUCUUCACCACUGCCAGAACGAGCGCUUCCCUUUGCAGCAGUGUGCUUUGUUUUACUUUGAAUGGAUUUGCAGUGGAUAGCUAUUUAGAUAUUUAUUGCUUUUUUUUGUUUUUUUCAGUCAGGGGUUCGGCAAAGAUUUCAGCAAAUUGAUGCCAAAUUGUUCCUCCUGCCUGUCAUAAGAAGCCUCAGCUGAGUUGAAACAGCGUCUGAUUUUUAGACCGAACAUUUCUCUCAUUUCAUGUAGAUACUCUGCGGUGUGGAAACCAUGUUUGUCGUCAUGUCCAUGCACAGAAGCCAACCCCCCCCACUGCCACAGAGCGCUUGUUUCGGAGUGUGUGGAUUUUAACCUUUGUAGCUGAUCAUCCUGAGCUGGAUUGGGAUUAGUAGCUGGACUCCCUGCCUUGGCGUUGGAUCGAUCCGGUCAAAACCCUGGUGCCAUAGCGAGCGUUAACCCGUCACCACGAGCCUGGCUGAUGUCUUGCGCUCGACUCAGUGGACUAAAAUCUUCCCGUGCCAUGUGGACUGCGUGACUCAGACUAACCCCUACAUGGUAGUUUCGGAACGAAAAAGAGCUGUAGUGUACAUUUAUUUUACUAUUUAUUGGUGAGCUGGAUGAAGUGUCAGGACAACUUUUUACUGCUUGUUUUAAUGCCGCUAUAAAAUAAACUGGAUGAGGGUUGUAGAAGAAUCUGUUUUGUGCCCACAUUUGCACUCAAAGUCCCCAGAACUGUCGGAACCCGGGAGCGAGUUCUCAAAACGGGCUUAAAGGUUCCCUCGGCCCUUUGUUGUCUGCGUUUUCACCGCGAUCCAGCCGGUGGAUAGACGGACCCAAAAAAAAUCGAGGCUCAUUUGCUCGACUGUCCUCGCUGCAGCAGCCAGAUGGGGUCACAGCUUCCUGACGCUCGCGUACUUUAUCCUGUUGUUCUGUCAUUAUGUCGCUCACUUGGAUUCAGAUACAUAACCACUGCUUGUAAAGUCAAGUAUUUGCAGGAUCCGGAGGAGUUUGCGGUCAUAUUUGCGAGUUGGAGCUUAAAGUCGGCUCAUUAUCUUCAUUUUUUUUUCACUUAUUUUUUAUCCUAAUUGGAAUCACAACAGUAAAUAAUUAUUUUUUUAGCUCUUUUUACGAGGGAAACUAGUGAAAGUUUGAAAGUCUUGAACAUGAAGAAAUCACACACAUGCAUGUGCCGAGACGGCGUGUCUUUAUUUUCGUCUGAUCGCAGUUCAUUACCAAGAAAAUGUCUUUCCUAAAGCCUUUGUGUUCAAGUGUUUAAAUGAUGGCCAAAUCUGAUUAUGUGAAAGUAGCCUCAGAUUACUCCAAUUUAAACAAUACGUUUCAUUCUGUCAAUAUCUUAUGAUGGCUGAAAUUUUACAAGCGAGCCAUCGGUGACAAAGAAGCGAGAUAGCACAGGCUUUGAUUGACACAGAAAAUAAUUUUACACAACCAUGAAGAUGAAAAUGGAAAAAAAAAGCAUUUAUUGGUCUUUGUAAAGCCAAAAGUACAGCGUGUUCGGGCCAUGUAAAAUGCAACUUUAUGAUCUGAUUUAAUGUGCGGGCCGGUUAACUCUGCAAGAAACUGGAUGUGAUAUUUGUGGAGAAAUCAUGGGGGAUAGGGUUUAAAUGUGAGGUAGAAGUAUAUUUACUUUCAUCACAACAUACGGUUUGAACUGAAUGUUUGAAAUAAAAGUAAUGUGAUGAAUAAAGUAAUUUCUGAGAUAUUUAAAUUUAAUGGGGGCAAAGUAUCACAAUACAACAUUUAAAAUAUUCCUAAUACAUUUGAUAUGAAACCAAGCAGCUUUAUAGUUUAAAUGACUUCAUUGACAUAAAUAAUUUCCUCUGGCUCUUUAUUCUGAUAUUGGCAAAGUCGUCAUGUAUAUUAACUCCAUAUUCUGUUAUGAAUUUUGGUGUUUUUUUUCUUGUGCAUCUAAGCACAAGUGAGGGAGGAAAAAAACGUACAAACAAGAACUCAUUCACUGAAAUUGAAUAUUGCCUGUAACUCGACGUCUCCCGGAGUCUUUGGAAGCUAAAUUAUUUAUCUCUGUUAGGAACUCAGUGUUUUCAUUGCUUUGGUUUGUUUCUUGGUCGGUCAACAGGAUAACUCGUAAAAUAGCGGACAGAUUAUGAGAAGUGAUUUAAUUUUCCCCGAGAUCCGGACCGCGUCCUCGCCAGGCGGAGGCAUGCGCUCCCUGACUGCCUUCUUGUUCCGAUCCAAACCUCAUUUAGACGCCGGGCUGUGGUGAAAACGCAGAGUGACAAACUGAGUUUGUAAAAGGCCACUAAUAUAUAGAGUUGACACUGAUUUGGACAUAUUUGCCUACAUUUGUUCUGGAAAAAGGUUCAGUUUUUGUUUUGUUUUUUUAACUCAACACUCGAGAGCAGCUUCUCCUUUCAGUUUAAAACACUGUGAAACCACCAAGUGAAAACUACUUUACAGCAGCAGUGAGUAACCACUCCUUCAUGUUCCGACUGUCUUUUUUUUUCUCAUGUAAUCUCAUCUCGGUUCCUUUAGUGUGCCUUUUUCUCAGAUUUUUUUCGAAAUGAAUCCAUCAUAAGCAGGCCAAACAAUGGCAAGACAAUGUGUCGAUGCUACUGUAGAUGGUUUUUAAAUGCACAGAUCAGUCCAGCCGCUGCUUCAGAGCCAAAUAAUUCAGUCAGAAAUCGUAAUGAACAAAUUCACUGGACCAAAACUGGAUUCUAACAGCAGCUAAAUGUUUAAUAAUUACAAAAAUAGUGUUUAUGGGUCACUUAUGUAACAAAACUCUUGAAAAAUUGAGAUCUAUCAAGAAAAAAAAAAAAACAUUUUCACUAACACUAGACUCUAUGGUGUAUUUGGUGCUGCUGCUGUUGAUGAAUCAUUUUGCGUGCCUGUUGUUAAAGAGGCAGUUGGAUUCGACUGGGAACUAAUAAAUACAGGGUAGAACGAUCCAUACGGAGGCGACGUGGGAUUCCUCAUCAACGAGAAGGCAGAGAUGUGCUCGUGUAGCAGCUACCGUCAGAUCAGAUACUUUCAUGAUAUUAGCACCUAUUCACGUCCUUCAAUCACCACACUCUCUCUCUGGUUCAUGGUUUGAAAACGUGGAGCAUUUGCUUCAUUUUCCUGUAAGUCAACAGUUAUCUGUGUUUGGCAUCGGAAACAUCAACACUGUAGGGAAUCUGAGGAUGCUCCAUUCACCACCUAAUCAAAACCAGGGAGAGCAUCUUUCUGCUCAAGAGUUUAUUUGAUAAACAUGAAUGGAUGUUUGGAGGAAUUCGCUUAAUUCUGAGGGGGAGCGAAAACCACACAAUUAAGUUGCAUACAUACUUCCACUGACACUUAUCCUCUUCUAAACGUUUCUUUUCGCUAAACAAUUAAAACUCACAGUCCAGAUUUUCGAGCCAGAUCGAGGAAUGCUUAUUUUGUGGCAAAGAGGCGCCACAAUAAUUUAAACAAAUCCAACAUCGUCGUCAUCUAAAAACUCUGAGGUAUACAAUUUAAAAAAAAUGAGUUUUUUCUCUAUUUCUAAACUAUAACCAACAGAAACUGUGGUGAAACUAACUGAUAUCUAUGGUCCUCAUUUACUAACACUCAAAUAUUAAGUGCCAUAUACAGUAGGACUCUUAUUCUCUUGUGGAGAAAACCUAUUAUCUUUAAAUAUAACAUUUAUGCAAUGUCGCCGAGGCAAGAUGUACGUUUCGUACGUUGUUUUCCUGUGCUGCAUGGUUUUGGCUGACAAUGACAAAAAAAAAAAAAAAACAAGAUAAAAAACUACCUGGUGUGCUCCUGCUUUAGUGAAGCAUAAUAACCUGAGUGUGAGGCGUUUGUUAUUGAUACGCUGAGGUCCGAUCAGCUGAUACUGCCGUGUUCUUGGGGAGACAGCAUUUGGCUCCGCCCUGAGUCGACUGGAGGAGGAAAUUCGAGGAAUCGGCGCCGCGUUUGAGUGUCUGUCUGACUGUUUUCAAGCCAUCUGUGAGUCACUUUCAUCCAAUGGCCAUACCAGCGACUUAGCCUCCUUAGUACAAAUCAUUGCUGCCACUUCAUUGAGCAAACACUGUUUCAGCAGACUGACUGGUUUGGUUUGAAACUUUAUUGGCCCCCGAAAGAGGAUGACAGCAGUCAGUAUGGAAGUACCUACUCUUUUUUAUUAUCACCGCCACCAAAAACCAUAUCCUUCUGAGGAAAUAUGUUGUGAUCCUUGGAUUAUCUCAGGCACUAUCAUCAGCAGUGGGUUCAGAACGCCAUUAUUUGGAUCACAUCUGGGAGUGGUUAAAGAGCUGCAGAGCUGCUGUCUCUCUCGGUCGUGGCUCGCAUUAUCAGAAGCUGUUGCCUUGUUACUAUUUCACCAACCUCCUGUUUACUGGGGCAGGAUCAGCAACAUGAAGUCAGUAGUUUUAGCAUUAGCUGCCUGGCGCUGUCCGUCUGGAGAUUAUUGAGUAGCAUUAACCAUACAUGACCGUAUGAAACAGAUCUUUAAAUGUUUAAUGGUCACUAAUUGAAAAUGUUUCGCGAAAUAUUUGGAAAGUUUCCCAAACGGCAGUAGUGAAAUUCAGCUAAGUGAAGGGCUGGUAUGGUCAUAAAAGUCAUCCUAGGCAGAAAAUUACAGACGGGAGUUAAAAAGGAUAAAAAUGCAGAACACAUAAUAAUACAAACUGGAUCUGUUUCGUAACUACUCAGUAAACAUUGGAGAAAUGGAGAAAGAGCUCCACAGCUGUCCAGAUGUUCCAUUCAACUCUUAAAGUGCUAAAAUCAGAUGCUGUCACCUCAGGAAUAAUCUACUGUCGAUGUGAUGUGAAGUGUUUUUGAUUCUGCUGGUGCUCUCUGUAUGGAUCAUGUGGGUUGGCCUUUUUUUUAUUUAUGGAUUCUUGAGGACUGCUUAGUGUGUGUGUGUGUGUGUGUGUGUGUGUGUGUGUCUGUGUGUGUUUUCUUUUCUUUCCUGUCCGUUUACCUGGCUGCCACUCUUCGGCAGAUGAUUGACGGACCCGUCAGUCAAUCUUCCAACUGCCUUUGGUUUUUAUGGCAGGCUCUCGAUGAAGGCAUCCACCAAGUCACGCCUCGCCAGAAUCCGCUCCGGCAGGGUCUUGGUCUUGGUCGUGGUCUUGGUGGGCCUCUUUGUCGGUCUCCCUCGAUUGUGCUUUAAAACGUUACACUUUAGUGGAACCUGAUUCUUCCCAGAAUCAGACAUGUAAAAAA